AUGUUCUAUUAUUGGAUCCAGCUGAUGAAGCAGCUUUUGAUAUCUGGUCAAAACGAAGAGCAACUCUCUGCUCUACUGUUCGUCCUUCACACGCCCACGUUUGAUAAUCUGGCUCUGAAAACGGUCUUAUUAAAGUCGCUUCUGUGUGCUUUACGCGAAAGUCACAAAGUACGGUUGAUGUUUCGGCGUGGCGGUGGAUACUUAUGUUUGAUGUCUCUUCUUAUAAAUCUCGAAGGAAGGCUUGGCGGCAGUGCAGUGGAAGCAAACCAGGAAGCAUUCAUGGCUGAAGUUAUUCUGCUCCUGAAUUUCAUGGAAAUCAUCUUCAAAGUGCUAGCGAUUAGUAUGCGAUACGAGCCAUCUAAUGCCAGAUACUUUGCCCAGGAAGUGAAAUGGGAGAAUCUGUGUUUGGCUUUGCGAGUCAGUGGUGCUUUCGCUGAAAACAUGGAGAGAAUUGAUGCAGUGAAUGCUAUUUGGCAAGCAGAGCCUUAUAAACUACAGAAUAUGGCCGUUGUCUAA